AGAGAAUAGUGUGUGGGGAACAGGGGCUGGGACAGACAGGACCAAUUCUAUGGACAGACAGUUGUGGGUGUGCACGGAGAGGGGUGUGUGGAGAGAGAUGGGUGGUGUGGGUGUGUGGAGAGAGAUGGGGGGUGUGGGUGUGCACGGAGAGGGGUGUGUGGGGAACAGGGGCUGGGACAGACAGUUGUGGGUGUGCGGAGAGAGAUGGGGGGUGUGGGUGUGCACGGAGAGGGGUGUGUGGGGAACAGGGGCUGGGACAGACAGUUGUGGGUGUGUGGAGAGAGAUGGGUGGUGUGGGUGUGCACGGAGAGGGGUGUGUGGGGAACAGAGGCUGGGACAGACAGGACCAAUUCUAUGGACAGACAGUUGUGGGUGUGCACAGCGAGGGGUGUGUGGAGAGGGAUGGGUGGUGUGGGUGUGCACGGAGAGGGGUGUGUGGGGAACAGGGGCUGGGACAGACAGUUGUGGGUGUGUGGAGAGGGGUGGGGGGGUGCGGGCGUGCAUGGAGAGAGGUGUGUGUGUGUGUGUGUGUGUGUGUGUGCGCAGACGGGCGUGUGUGCAUGCACAGAGAAUAGUGUGUGUGGAACAAGGGGCCGGGAGUAACAGGACCAACUGUGCGGACAGACAUUCGUGGGUGUGUGUGUGUGUGCGUGCGCAGAGAGGGGUUGUGCGUGUGCGUGCACAGAGACGGGGUGUGCGUGUGCGUGCGCAGAGAGGGGGUGUGCGUGUGCGUGCGCAGAGAGGGCGUGUGCGUGCGCAGAGAGGGGGGUGUGCGUUAGCGUGCGCAGAGAGGGGUGUGUGUGGAACAAGGGGCCGGGAGUAACAGGACCAAUUGUACAGACAGACAUUUGUGGGUGCAUGGAGAGAGGUGUGUGUGUGUGUGUGUGUGUGUGUGUGUGAGUGUGUGAGUGUGUGAGUGUGUGUGUGUGUGUGUGUGUGUGUGUGUGUGUGUGUGUGCGCGCGUGCGUGCGUGCACAGAGAAUAGUGUGUGGGGAACAGGGGCUGGGACAGACAGGACCAAUUCUAUGGACAGACAGUUGUGGGUGUGCACGGAGAGGGGUGUGUGGGGAACAGAGGCUGGGACAGACAGUUGUGGGUGUGUGGAGAGGGGUGGGGGGUUGUGGGCAUGCAUGGAGAGAGGUGUGUGUGUGUGUGUGUGUGUGUGCGCAGACAGGGGCGUGUGUGCAUGCACAGAGAAUAGUGUGUGUGGAACAGGGGCUGGGACAUACAGGACCAAUUCUAUGGACAGACAGUUGUGGGUGUGCACAGAGAGGGGUGUGUGGGGAACAGGGGCUGGGACAGACAGUUGUGGGUGUGUGGAGAGAGAUGGGGGGUGUGGGUGUGGGAGAGGGGUGUGUGGGGAACAGGGGCUGGGACAGACAGUUGUGGGUGUGCGGAGAGAGAUGGGGGGUGUGGGUGUGGGAGAGGGGUGUGUGGGGAACAGGGGCUGGGACAGACAGUUGUGGGUGUGUGGAGAGAGAUGGGGGGUAUGGGUGUGCACGGAGAGGGGUGUGUGGGGAACAGGGGCUGGGACAGACAGUUGUGGGUGUGUGGAGAGAGAUGGGGGGUGUGGGUGUGCACGGAGAGGGGUGUGUGGGGAACAGGGGCUGGGACAGACAGUUGUGGGUGUGUGGAGAGAGAUGGGGGGUAUGGGUGUGCACGGAGAGGGGUGUGUGGGGAACAGGGGCUGGGACAGACAGUUGUGGGUGUGUGGAGAGAGAUGGGGGGUGUGGGUGUGCACGGAGAGGGGUGUGUGGGGAACAGGGGCUGGGACAGACAGUUGUGGGUGUGUGGAGAGAGAUGGGGGGUGUGGGUGUGCACGGAGGGGGUGUGUGGGGAACAGGGGCUGGGACAGACAGUUGUGGGUGUGUGGAGAGAGAUGGGGGGUGUGGGUGUGGGAGAGGGAUGUGUGGGGAACAGGGGCUGGGACAGACAGUUGUGGGUGUGUGGAGAGAGAUGGGGGGUGUGGGUGUGGGAGAGGGAUGUGCGGGGAACAGGGGCUGGGACAGACAGUUGUGGGUGUGUGGAGAGAGAUGGGGGGUAUGGGUGUGCACGGAGAGGGGUGUGUGGGGAACAGGGGCUGGGACAGACAGUUGUGGGUGUGUGGAGAGAGAUGGGGGGUGUGGGUGUGCACGGAGAGGGGUGUGUGGGGAACAGGGGCUGGGACAGACAGUUGUGGGUGUGUGGAGAGAGAUGGGGGGUGUGGGUGUGCACGGAGGGGGUGUGUGGGGAACAGGGGCUGGGACAGACAGUUGUGGGUGUGCGGAGAGAGAUGGGGGGUGUGGGUGUGCACGGAGAGGGGUGUGUGUGGAACAGGGGCUGGGACAGACAGUUGUGGGUGUGUGGAGAGAGAUGGGGGGUGUGGGUGUGGGAGAGGGGUGUGUGGAGAGAGAUGGGUGGUGUGGGUGUGUGGAGAGAGAUGGGGGGUAUGGGUGUGCACGGAGAGGGGUGUGUGGGGAACAGGGGCUGGGACAGACAGUUGUGGGUGUGUGGAGAGAGAUGGGGGGUGUGGGUGUGCACGGAGAGGGGUGUGUGUGGAACAAGGGGCUGGGAGUGAAGAGCAAGGGGCAGGGUGUGAGGUAGAACCACUCCCAGGGAUCAUCUCACCACAGUGGA